CACGCACACAAGUCUCCUCCCUAUAUAUAUAUACUCCUACAUAAACAGACCUCACCCGCAACACAAACAAACAAGUAAACAACUCGACACACAAGAGGAGGAGGAGAAGAUGGCGGUGGCGGUGAGCCGGCGGCAAUGGACGCGGGUGCGGACGCUGGGGCACGGGGCGUCCGGGGCGGAGGUGUUCUUGGCGGCCGACGACGCGUCGGGGGAGCUGUUCGCCGUCAAGUCCGUCGGGGCGGCGGACGCGGCGGCGCUGAGGAGGGAGCAGGGGGUGAUGGCCGGCCUGAGCUCGCCGCACGUGGUCCCCUGCGUCGGCAGCCGCGUGGGGCCCGACGGGUCGUACCAGAUGUUCCUCGAGUUCGCCCCCGGCGGGUCGCUCGCCGACGUGGUGGCGAGGAGCGGGGGCAGGCUGGAGGAGCGCGCCGUCGGGGAGUACGCCGCGGACGUGGCCGGAGGGCUCGCGUACCUCCACGGGAUGGGGCUGGUGCACGGCGACGUCAAGUCGAGGAAUGUCGUGGUCGGCGGCGACGGCCGGGCAAAGCUCGCGGACUUCGGGUGCGCCAGGUGGGCGGGCUCCGCGAGGCCGAUCGGCGGCACGCCGGCGUUUAUGGCGCCCGAGGUCGCGCGCGGGGAGGAGCAGAGUCCGGCCGCCGACGUCUGGGCGCUCGGCUGCACGGUCAUCGAGAUGGCCACCGGCCGCACGCCGUGGAGCGACAUGGACGACGUGCUCGCGGCGGUGCAUCGGAUUGGUUACACGGAGGCCGUCCCCGAGGUCCCCGCCUGGCUCUCCGCCGACGCCAAAGAUUUCUUGGCCAGGUGCUUGCAAAGGCGCCCCAUUGACCGGAGCACCGCGGCGCAGCUGCUGCAGCACCCGUUCGUCGCCUCCGCCGCCGGCGGCGACGCCAAGCCGGAAGCCCCGAAGACCAAAUGGGUGUCCCCCAAGAGCACGCUGGACGCCGCAUUCUGGGAGUCCGACACCGACGAGGAGGACGACGAGCUGUCACAGAGCACCGCUCAGAGGAUCAGCUCACUGGCCUGCGCCGUCUCGUCGCUGCCGGACUGGGACUCCGACGACGGCUGGAUCGACGUGAUCUCCACCUCAACCGAAGAAUCUCACACAAUUUCCCCACCGGCCGACGAGGGGACGACGACGACGACGACCGACUUCGACGGCGAUGUCACCGGCGCAGAAUUCGAGCUCCCCCACAUUGACGUGGACAGUGGCAACACCGCCCACAAUGCCGGAGAAGCCAAUCCCCCUUCGUCUUUAAUUUUCGAUAAUGUAGUAGUACCAUGUAAACCAUCAUCCUGUAAGUGCAACAAACACAAUGCAAUUGAAUUACUAGCAUGUUUUCUCCUCACAAAUGAUUUGCCUCUCGCUGCUCUGUUCAUCGCGUCACGUGUCUACCGGCCAAGAUUAACCGCGGUGACCAAUACGUGCGGGAGUGGAACUGUGCAGGAACGCGAGGUAGCUAGCUAG